GCGGGGCCGGCCGCAGCGCAGCGCAGCUCCGGGCGGCUCGAGGCGGCGGCGGCAGCGCCCGGCGGGACCCAGCGGGACCCAGCGCCGCGGACUGGCCCCACCGCGCACCGGUGUCGCCGCGCCCCCCUCGCCCGCCGCGUGGCGGCCCCGCUGGUCCCCCCCCAGCACACCCCAUGGCCGCGCCGCGUCCCCGCCCGCACCGGCUCGCCCCCCCGCGGCGCCGCUGAGCCCCCCCCCCCGCGCGGCCGGGCCGUUCCCGAGGCGCCGCUUCCGCACCCCCCCGCGCCGCGCGCUCGAGGCGACCGUUGGGGCGGCCCCGCCCCCUGCCGCGGGGGCGGCCGGCGGUGGGCGCCCGCGGCGAGCCCGACAUGGCGGGCGGCGGCGCGGCGGGCGCGGGGUGCCCGGCGCGGCGCUGAUGCGGCCCCGGCGAGAGCCGCGCAGGGGCAGCUCGCCGCCUCGUGACUUUAUUCCCCCCCCUUUUCCCUCCCCCCCUCCCCUCCACCUCUUUUUAUUUUUUUCCCCUCUUUUUGGCGUUUCCCUCCGCGUUUUUCUCAGGCCUCCGGUUUCGCUAGUCGGGCGCAGCUCAAAAUGGCUGAGGACUGACUCGACCCUGCGGGGAUCGGCCGCUCGCUCCCUCGCAGCCCCCGGGCAGGCCGGAUCCGGCGGGAGGAACAGCUUCAUGUCGGCGGGGGAGCGGCGGGGGGACGGAGCCGUGGGGGCAGGGCGCCGCCGGAGCGGUUCCCAAAUUCCUUUUCAGUUGGAUCAAGGCGCGCUCGGCCGCCCGCCCGCCGCCCGGCGCGCCCCGGCGCCCUGAGCCGCCGCUCCGCGCAUUGUCUCUGCUCGGGGCCCUUCCUCGCCCGCUCCCGUCAGGAUCUCUCCAGAUCUGGAAUGAAACUAGCCUAGAUCGGGUUUUUGGUUUUUACUCCCCCACACACUUUUUUUUUCCUCCCCCCGCUUGAAGAGGACCCAACCCCUCGUGAGAAUUUAGAGCAGGUUGAUUUUUGGUUCAUAGGAUUUAAAUUCUCUUCCUCCCCCCCCUUUUCCCUCCCUCCUUCCCUCCCUCCCUCCCUCCGCGAAACCCAUUUUCUUUUUCAUUCCUAUUUAUGAACGGAGGGAGAGAUUGGGAGGGUUGCUUUGGGCUCGGGGCUGGAAUUUCAUCUGAAUGAUUGGCCUGUCUUCCCUCCGAGCUCUCCCAUUCAAGACCUCACAAUUUUGAAGCAGGCGAGAGGUUUCAUUCUUCCCGUUUUUUUUCUCCUGGCUUGUCUUUUUUCCCCCUUUUUUUUUCUCCCUCCCCCCUCCCGCUCUGCCGGGUUAGAAGCAAAUCUUCGGGGCCGUUGAGCGAAUUCAGUUUUUCAUCACCGUCAUUGUUGCUAUUAUUAUUAUUUUUUUUAAUCUUCCUCCUUUUCCCAUUUUGGAUCUUAACCCUUUGAUCUGUUUCCUUUAAAAGACUCCGAUUCUGAACUCCCGUCGGGGAGAAAGGGAGGAGAAAUAAUUAAAAAAGAAAAAAAAAUCUGAGCUAGUCUGUUCUCUCAGCUGUUAGCCAGGUUGGUGGGGGACAAAAGUCCUUUUAAAAUAUUGAAUGUCAGUGGCAAACCUAAGAAAAGAAAAAUCAAAUCCGGAGCGCUAAAUUUAGGAGGUUUAUAUGGAACUUGGACUCUGCUACUGGAUUUUGUAUGGAUUUUUUUCAACCUUUGGGAGAAAAGACCCCGGUGUCCAUCUGUAGACCAAACUGAAAGACUAAAAAGGGGGAAAGACGCCAGAUCCUGCCAGCAGAAAUGGCUGAGAAUUGGAAGAACUGUUUCGAAGAGGAGCUCAUCUGCCCCAUUUGCCUGCACGUCUUUGUGGAGCCCGUUCAGCUUCCUUGUAAGCACAACUUCUGCCGGGGCUGCAUCGGGGAGGCUUGGGCCAAGGAGUCGGGCUUGGUGCGGUGUCCCGAGUGCAACCAGGCGUACAACCAGAAACCCAACCUGGAGAAGAACUUGAAGCUGACCAACAUCGUGGAAAAGUUCAACUCCCUCAACCUGGAGAAGCCCCCCUCCGUCUUGCAUUGCGUCUUUUGCCGCCGCGGCCCCCCACUGCCGGCCCAGAAGAUCUGCUUGAGGUGUGAGGCCCCAUGCUGCCAGUCCCACGUCCAGACCCACCUGCAGCAGCCCUCCACGGCCCGUGGGCACCUCCUGGUGGAGGCGGACGACGUGCGGGCCUGGAGCUGCCCCCAGCACAAUGCCUACCGCCUGUACCACUGCGAAGCCGAGCAAGUGGCCGUGUGCCAGUUCUGCUGCUACUACAGCGGGGCCCACCAGGGACACUCGGUUUGUGACGUGGAGAUCCGCCGCAAUGAGAUCAGGAAGAUGCUGAUGAAGCAGCAGGACCGCCUGGAGGAGCGGGAGCAAGACAUCGAAGAGCAGCUCUACAAGCUGGAAUCGGACAAGCGGCUGGUCGAGGAGAAGGUGAGCCAGCUGAAGGACGAGGUGCGUCUGCAGUACGAGAAGAUGCACCAGAUCUUGGACGAGGACUUGCGGAAAACCAUGGAGAUCCUGGACAAGGCCCAGGCCAAGUUCUGCAAUGAGAACGCAGCCCAAGUCCUCCACCUCAAUGAGCGCAUGCAGGAGGCCAAGAAGCUCCUCAGCUCCGUCCAGGUCAUGUUCGACAAAACCGAGGACAUCAACUUCAUGAAGAACACCAAGUCUGUGAAAAUCUUAAUGGACAGGACCCAGAACUGUACGGGCGGCAGCCUGCCCCCACCCAAAAUUGGCCACCUCAACUCCAAGCUCUUCCUGAACGAGAUCGCCAAGAAGGAGAAGCAGCUCAGGAAGUUGCUGGAAGGUCCUCUGAGCACCCCGGUCCCGUUCCUGCAGAGCAUCCCCAUGUACCCCUGCACCGUCAGCAACUCCGGAGCAGAGAAGCGCAAGCACUCCACCGCCUUCCCCGAGGGCAGCUUCCUCGAGCCAUCGUCCGGGACUGUGGCGAGCCAGUACAUGAGCCAGGGGGCUUCUGCUGGCGAGGGCCAGUCCGCACAAGCCAUGGUGCCUUGUAGCUCCACGCAGCACAUUGUCGGACUUCCCAGUGGCCCGCAGCCGGUGCACUCGGGCUCCGUCUUCAACCCAUCCCACUACCCCAACACCACGUCAUCUCAGCAGUCCGUGCUCUCCCAGUACGGCGGGCGCAAAAUCCUCGUCUGCUCAGUGGACAACUGUUACUGUUCCUCGGUGUCCAACCACGGUGGGCACCAGCCCUACCCGCGGUCGGGCCACUUCCCCUGGACAGUCUCCUCGCAGGAGUACUCGCACCCGCUGCCGCCGGCGCCCGCCGUGCCCCAGUCGCUCCCGGGACUUGCCGUGAGGGAAUGGAUCGACGCGUCGCAGCAGCAUGGGCGGCAGGAUUUCUAUAGGGUCUACGGGCAGCCUUCUGCUAAACACUACGUCACCAGUUAACCAUGAAACCCUCCGGAGAGGCCUGGUUCACGGCACGGUCGGAGAUAAAAGUCCGCUUUGUUUUGGCUUUUUUUUCUUUUAAAUCAAACCCAAGUUGCUCCCCGCCUCGUGCCCCUCCAGGAUUUUGGGGAGGGUCGUUCUCUCAUCUCCUUUUUUAAUUUUUUUUCCUUUUAAAAUGAAAUAAUAAUGGUUUUUUCUUUUCCUUUUAAUUCUUUUUUAAUUUAAUUUUGGAAAGUCCUUCCUGCCCCUCGCUGGGAAAACACGAGGGAGAAAUUCCCAAGAAGAAAUCGGCAGGGAUUUCGGGCGGGCGUCUGGCUCUGCGUGUCACAUUUUUUUUGCUUCUCUCUGGCUUUGGAAACCUGCCGAAGGGACAAUGGCUCCGUCUCUGUCGCAGUUGCUCCGAGUUCUUUUUUUUUUUUGGUUUGGUUCCGUUUUUUUCCCCUCCCACCUGCUCUUUCCCUUUUUAAAAAGAAAGAAAAAAAAAAUCUAUCAUUGAUUCAGUAUGAAACGAUACUUAUAGAUUUUGGGUUUGUUACUUUUUUUUUUUAAAAGGCUGGGGGUUUUUUUGUGUUAAGAGGCCACUUCUCAUGCAUACUGGCAUUUUUUUUUUCUUUUUCCUUCUUCUUUCGGAGAUUUGUAAAUACACAAUGGCAGGAAAUUUAAUGCACAAAAAAAAGGGAAAAGAAACUUUAAAAAGAAAAAAAAGAAUAAAUAAAAAAAACCAAUCCUGUUCUAGUCUUCAGGAGGGAAAGCGUUGCCGAAACGCCCCCCCCACCCCCCCUCCCCGCAUAUCGCUGAUGCAACUUCCUGUAACAAGCACUUUGUAUAAAGAAAAAGUGGACUUCCUGCUAUACGGCACAGGUAUUUAUUCUGUAACCAAUUUUAGAAGAGACACACACACACACACACACACACACACACACACACACACACACACACACACACACACACACACACACGCGGAAAAAAAAUAUUCAAAUAAAUGUGAUCACUUAGUGCAACCGCUUUGCUCUGCUGCAGCUCUUCCCCCAGCACCGGCGACGCCGGCGGGAGGCUCCGGCCUCCUGUCCGAAAUAACCUGCUCCCUGGUUUUGGGGCUGUUGGGAGGGGGAGGGCAUUCCAGGAGCCGGCCGGGAGGCUCCUUCGUGCCGCAGCGUUUCCGUCCGAGGGUGCGGGCAGGCCCCCGCUUUGGGCUCACAGCUGUCCUUCCUCCUCCUCCUUCUCCACAGCUGCGGAGGCAGCAGCUGCUGGCCCCGGCGUCAGGCAUUAAAGCACCUGUCGCCUAUAGCUGGGGGGGACCUGCACCCCCCGCCGGGAGCCGGCGCCUCGCCGGGGUUUCGCGGGAUGCCGCGGGGGUUUUGGGGCAGCAGCCAGUUGCGGCAGCGGGGAGAGGCCGAUGGGGAACAGCUGGAGCUGGGCACGCACAUCUGGAGGAGCGGGGAGGCAGCUCGGCCAUCUGCAGGGGUUCGGGCGCUGCUGUGCCGAGGGGUCCUGGUUUUGGGGGGGGGCCACGAAGAAAGGAAAUCUCCCGUCCUUGCGGAAAGACAGACGCCACAGUGUCAUGGGAGCCUUUUGCGGCCGCUUGUCCAGGGGCCCCCGCGCCGCCGGCUGAGGAGCCCCCAGGCCCAGCCAGUGCUGUGCGAAUGGCCCCGGCGCGCCACGCAGCCCUCCCCGUGCUCCAACACGAGGGGUAUAUUUAGAUGCCGUCGAUUUAAGUUUGCACAUCACGCUUAUAAAUAUGAAAGCCCAUCUCGGCGCGAUGUUGACGAUACCUCAUCAGCCCUUGCAAAACAUGCGGGAAUAUUAAUUAGUGAGAUUUGGGUAUUAUCGCAUAAUGAAUAAAUGAAGAUCCUCGCUGCAUAAGAUGAA